ACUUCACACCGUGCCAUCUCUAGCCAGGAGGAAAAAACACUUGCAUUCCAAUUUCACUGCUGCGAUUUCACUUUCACAAAACAAAUACGUCUGCGAAAGCGGCCGCUGCUCAAUGGACAUUAUCAAUUAUUGAAUCCAAUCGACCGAUAAUGGCGCUGAUAAGCCGGCGCAGCUGAGACCCAAAGACCUCGACGAACAACUACUGCCAGCUGUUAAACAUAGCAAACGCUGCGAGUAACUUGAAAAAAGACAGCUGGGUGAGCAUGGAGCUGCUGCAUCGCGCUCUGCUCUCCGCCUUGGGUGCCCUCUCCAUUUUCUACGCCCUGGUUAAGAUCAGCCUGGGCUACUGGAAGCGACGCGGGAUCCUCCACGAGAAGCCCAAAUUCCUGUGGGGCAACAUAAAGGGUGUGGUGGGCGGCAAGCGGCACGUCCAGGACGCCUUACGGGAUGUCUACGCCGGCUACAAGGGCAGGGCUCCUUUCGUGGGCUUCUACGCCUGCCUUAAACCCUUCAUCUUGGCGCUGGACCUGAAGCUAGUGCACCAAAUUGUCUUCACUGACGCCGGGCACUUCACAUCGCGAGGUCUCUACAGCAAUCCGAGUGGAGAGCCGCUGUCCGCCAAUCUCCUGCAGCUGGACGGCCACAAAUGGCGGUCUCUACACGCCAAAUCAGCGGAGGUUUUCAUCCCCGCCAACAUGAAGAAGCUGAUACCUAGGCUCGUACAGAUCUCCUCAAGAAUUCAAACCAACCUGGGCAAAACGAGUCUGCAAACCAGAAACAUCAGCGAAUUGGUGGCUGCGUUCAACGUGGAUGUUAUGGCCUCUACGGCCUUCGGAUUGGGAGGCCAGGAUCACCAGGAGUUUGCCAAGUGGACACGCAACAACUGGGGCGACUUUAAGCUGUGGCAGGCGUACCUGGCUCUGGAGUUUCCACUCGUCGCGCGGCUGCUGCAGUACAAGAGCUACGCGGAGCCAGCCAUGGCUUACUUUCAAAAAGUGGCCCUCUCGCAAAUGCAGGAGCAACGCCGAAGGGAUCGCCAGCCACUCCAGACGUUGCUGCAGCUCUACUCCAACGCGGACCAGCCGCUCGACGAUGUCCAGAUUGCCGCUCAGGCCUUUGGCUUCCUCCUGGCUGGUUUGGGGCCCCUUAACGCCACCCUCUCCUUUUGCCUCUACGAAUUGGCUCGCCAGCCAGAGCUGCAGGAUCGAACCAGGCUGGAAAUCAGAAAGACACUGGAGCAGCAGGGCGGCCAAGUGACACCUGAGUGCCUCAGAGAGCUUAAAUUUUCGAAGCAGGUCCUAAAUGAAACGCUUCGUCUGCACACACCACAUCCCUUUUUGCUGCGCCGUGCUACCAAAGAAUUCGAGUUGCCCGAAUCGGUGUUCGUGAUUGCCAAGGGCAACAGUGUGCUGAUACCCACGGCGGCAAUUCACAGAGAUCCGGAGUUAUACGAGGAUCCAGAUCGCUUCGAUCCGGGUCGGUUCGAGGAGGAGGCCAGGAGAUCCCGUCCGCCGGCUGCCUUCCUGCCCUUCGGCGAUGGCCUGCGGGGAUGCAUUGCCGCUCGGUUCGCCGAACAGCAGCUGCUGGUGGGUCUGGUGGCUCUGCUGAAGGACCACAGGUAUUCCCCCUGUGCGGAGACCACGAUUCCCAUCGAGUACGACAACCGGAGACUGCUCCUGAUGCCCAAAUCGGACAUCAAGCUCAAUGUGGAAGGAGUGGACUAGCUUUAGAGGCUCUGCUGGAGAAUCGCCUAUUUUGUAUUGUUUGCUUCGGUAUUGCUUUACUGUACAAAGCGUUUAAGUUGUUUUUAUAUUUGUAUACGCACUUAAUUCGUUGAUUUCCUUAAGCUGUGGACUUGUGUGAUAAUGCUGACGAUGACUUUUAUAAUCUACUGCACCAAGCUCAACAACAUGAACAAAUAAAUACCCUUAUUGUUAUAGUUA